UACAGUAGACGGGAAGACGGGCAGUGGGUCAUUCCUCCGGCAUCCGAGGAAUCCGAACGAGCAAGGGGAGAUGGCGGUUAUCUCCUCAAUCUCCCAUUCAUAUCUCUUCCUUGGCUCCAUGGAUUCCAACAAAUUACGGCAUAAUCACAGAUCAAUGUAUGUUUCUCUUCAAGGCCGCUUCUUUCGAAACCCUAGGUCGUCCGAGCUUGUUGUAUUAAUGUCAGGCAGCGGGACCAAUGGAAGCGGGGACAUUAAGGAAGAAGGAGUAGCCGGCGAUGCUCCGGGAGAACUGAAGAGAGAUCGUUUGCCGGCAUUCAAUCUCCGGUGGUGGGAUCUCCUGAACCCUGACCCGGAGAACAUCCUGUCCGUCGGAUUGACGGGCUUGCUCAUUUGGGCAAGCGUUCAGGUUCUGUGGCAACUAUUCAUCGUCUCGUUCGCCAUCGUCCUUGCGGCGCUAAAGUACUCCUUCAUCGCUGCUGUGCUUCUACUCAUUCUGUUAACCCUGCUCUGAUCCACUUAUAUUUGUAUGAGUUUAUAGUUUUAAUGAAUUUGUAGAAAAAUAAUGGGAAUGGGAAGUUUUUCUGCCAUGUUGAAAAUUC